AUUGUGGUGCGGCAGGCGCCCCGCGACGGGCUGGCGGCACCCCCAGCCCCGCCGCCGGCCCCCCCGCCUGCGCCCCGACCCCCCCCCGGCCCCCCCGGCGCGGCCCCUGCUACGGGUGCUGCCCGCGCCCCCCGCCGCCGGCGUCCCCCCCCCCGCCGCCGCCGCCGCUGCCGGACCCGAUCUGAUGGCAGCACCUGCAGCUCCCACGGUGCCCGCUGCCCCCCCUGCCGCCGCCGCCGCCGCUGCCCCCCCCAGGGGCACCCCCAGCUCCCCCCGCCGCCGCCGCUGCCCCCCCUCGAGAGGAGCCCGAGGGGCCGGGGGGACCCAGCCCCCCCCCCCGGCACCCACCCCCCACCGGCCGCCCCCCCGACGCCAGCCCCCGCCCCCCCCGCGCUCCCCCUUCUACCUGGAAUCCCUGGAGGCGAAGCGGGGCCGGGGCCGGGCGGAACGGCUGGAGCGGCUGCUGCGGCUGAACGAGCUGCGCUGCGGGCUGGCCCCCGUCUACGGCAGCGAGGUGCUGGGGCUCUGCACCCUGCCCCCCCCCCACCCCACCCCCGGGGGGGGCCCUGGCCCGCGCUGUCCUCGCCCCCCCCCAGCGCCUACGGCAGCUCCAGCCCCUACUGGACAGGUUCAUCUUCGUGCUGCCGCCGGUGGAGGCGCGGGGGGUGGCCCUGCACAGCUGCCGCCCCCCCCCCUUGGCGCCUGCGGCAGCGGGCGCAGCUGGAGCAGCGGCUGCGGGGAGGAGCUGGCGCCCCGCGGGCGAGCCCUGCACCGGGUGCUGCGCAGCAUGCGCACCCACUUCCCCGACCUGCGCCUCAUCCAGUACGACUGCGGGAAGCUGCAGACGCUGGACGUGCUGCUGCGGCGCCUGAAGGCGGGGGCCCACCGCGUCCUCAUCUUCACCCAGAUGACCCGGAUGCUCGAUGUCCUCGAGCGUUUCCUCACCUACCACGGCCACAUCUACCUGCGCCUGGACGGCAGCACCCGCGUCGAGCAGCGCCAGGUGCGGGGUUGGGGGGGGGGCACCCGCGCAUCCAGGCACCGACACCCUCGGACCCCCCCUCCGUGGAGACCCAGUUCUCCAGGAACCUUCCCGUGAUCCCACCUUGGAGCCGCAUCUCAACGGCUUCACGGUAGCACG